AUGGCCAUCAUCGGGGCCAAAGAACACCAUGUCGAUCCACAAUUGUCGCAAAUUGCGCAGAAUGACAAGACGAUCUGGUACAAGAAGCCGAACCUGCGCUUCCUCUAUCUCAUCCUCAUCCCAACCGGACUUGGAGUUGAGUGGACGUCGGGCUUUGAUUCUUCCAUGAUGAACAGUCUGCAAGCUGUCUCGUCGUGGUUCGAAUACUUUGGGCGACCCAAUUCUUCAAGGCUUGGCCUUCUUAGCGCGAUCUAUUCCCUCGGUGCUCUCAUGGCCAUUCCUUUUGUCCCUUAUUUCAGCCAGCGUCUCGGUCGCCGACGCACUAUCCUUAUGGGAUCAUGGAUCAUGGUUUUGGGUGCUGGGCUUCAAGCUGGGGCCAGGAAUGUCGAUAUGUUCUUGGCCUCCCGAUGGGUUCUAGGUUUCGGUAUCCCCUUUGCCAUUAUCAACGCUUCCUCACUCAUCGGCGAACUUUCCUAUGCCAAGGAGCGUCCAAUCAUGACCAGCCUGUUCAACGCAAGCUGGUUUGUAGGAGCCAUCGUUGCAGCAGGCAUCACCUUCGGUACUUUUCAAAUGACCACCACCUGGGCUUGGAGAAUCCCCAGUUUACUUCAACUCGUUCCUAGCGGCUGUCAAAUCAUCUUUAUGCCUUUCUGUCCAGAAUCGCCCCGCUGGUUGAUAUCUAAAGACCGUGGCGACGAGGCAUUCGCAAUUCUCAACAAGUAUCACAGUGAGGGAGAGAACGGCGAGGAAUUUGUCCGCCUUGAGUACGCCCAGAUCAUGUCCACCAUCCAGCAAGAGAAAGAGGUUGCUAGCAAGUUCCUCUGGGCCGAUGUCUUCCGUGGUGCCGCCAUGCGCCGCCGAUUCAUGCUGGCUGGAAUCAUGGGCUUCUUCACACAGUGGUCUGGCAACGGGUUAAUUUCUUUCUACAUGAAGAAGAUUCUCAAUCUUGUUGGCAUCACGGACAAUCACACAGUGCAGAGAUUCAUUCUAGGCAACACGUGCUGGGGUUUCAUCAAUGCCGUUCCGAUCGCGUUGAUAGCACCACGCUUUGCCAGAAGAAAGAUGUUUCUCACAUGUACAAUCGGUACUGCUUGCGUUUACACCGUCUGGACUGUCGCGUCAGCAAGGUUCGCCAUCGAGCAAUCCCAAAGAGCUGCUAUUCCAGUCUUGGUCUUCAUUUUUGUUUAUUCGCCGUUUUACAACAUUGGAUGGAACGCCCUUGCUUAUACUUAUCUCGUGGAACUCUUCCCAUUCAGUCAAAGAGCAAAGGGAAUCGCCGUUGAACAACUUACUGUCCGCUUUGCCGUUUUUUUCAACACCUAUGUCAAUCCAAUCGCACUUGAUGCCAUCGGCUGGAAGUACUACAUUGUCUACUGUGUGUGGAUCCUGGUAGAGAUUUUGACAGUUUACAUGAUUUUCCCCGAGACGCAAGGACGCACGCUUGAAGAGCUGAGUUUCAUGUUCGAGGGUAAAGAUGUGCAGGACAGAGUCCAAAAGAACACUCAAAAGGUCCUUCAAGUCGAGCUUGAGGAUAUUCACGAGCGCCCCGCCUCACGAGGAUCACGGGAUGCGGAUGGAAACGCAAAGGUUUGA